AAGUCGGCGGAUGGCGGGCGCGCGCGCUAAAGAAGUGAGGCCCGGCCGGGCGAGCGCGCCGCGAGAGACGGUUCCGGACAUGGGGGCGAGAGGCGCGCGCGCGCGCGAGUGACUGACUGAGGGAGAAGAAGGAGGCCGCCGCGGCUGGAGGAGCCUGACACUCCGCCCCUCCCCCAGCCGGCCCUGAGCGGGGAGACGCCGGUUGCCGCCCGGAGAGCGAGCGGCCGCCUGGGCUCUGCGCCUGUGAGGAGGAAGCUGGGAGACGCCGUCUCCUGCCCUGGGACCCUGCCGCCCUCCCCUGUGUAACUAGGGGGACCGGACAUCCCUUCCUCCGGGGCUGCAGGGGGACCCCGCGCCCCCCAGGGAAAGGAGGCGAAUCCCACCCCGGGGAGAGGGGGCCCCAGGUGCCGGCUACCCCCCGCGCCAGCGGGCCGUCUCCAGUGGGGUAGGAGCCGCCACCCAGGAUGUGAGUGAGGAAGUUCGUGCUUCGUCCCCACCCAGCCUUGGACGCUGAAGCCUCCGUUCCCGGGGCGAGCAGGGACCCGGGCGCUUGUCGCCGAUGUGACGGCCACGCAGCCGGCUGUUGUCGAAUUGCGAUUCAGGGAGAGACGUGAAGGGGGGGAAAUAACCCAGCCCGCUAAGCACCGAGGGGGAUCUCACCGCACGCCCUGCCUCAGCGCAGCACCACCGGGCCAGGGGCUUUCCACGCGCGGCCGCGUGGGGGGCUCGUGCGGGACAGCGCACUUGCAAGACACUUCUUAGCUUUUCCCUUGCAGGAGACGGUGGAGUGAGACGCUGCUCAGAGAGCAGCUGCUGUUCCCACCCUCUGCGGUUUUCCUUUAAUUUUGGAACAAAUUUUUUUUUUGAAGAGAGGAAAAAAUGUCUUUCUUUAACUUCCGUAAAAUCUUUAAGCUCGGUGGCGAGAAGAAAAAGAAACAAUAUGAGAACGUCAAGAGAGACUUGAAUCCGGAGGAGUUCUGGGAGAUAAUAGGAGAGCUGGGAGAUGGUGCUUUUGGUAAAGUGUUCAAGGCUCAGAACAAAGAAACCAAAGUCCUUGCUGCAGCAAAGGUGAUUGAUACUAAAUCCGAGGAAGAACUAGAAGAUUACAUGGUUGAGAUUGAUAUUCUAGCAUCCUGCGAUCAUCCAAAUAUUGUCAAGCUUCUAGAUGCUUUCUACUAUGAAAACAAUCUUUGGAUCCUGAUUGAAUUUUGUGCAGGUGGAGCAGUAGAUGCAGUAAUGUUGGAACUUGAGAGGCCAUUAACAGAGCCACAGAUCAAAGUAGUUUGCAAGCAGACUUUGGAGGCACUGAACUACUUGCAUGAAAAUAAGAUAAUUCACAGAGAUCUAAAGGCUGGCAAUAUUCUUUUUACAUUAGAUGGAGACAUUAAACUGGCGGAUUUUGGCGUAUCUGCUAAAAACACAAGGACAAUACAGAGAAGAGAUUCUUUCAUUGGUACACCUUACUGGAUGGCUCCUGAAGUGGUAAUGUGUGAGACAUCUAAAGACAGGCCUUAUGAUUAUAAGGCUGAUGUGUGGUCACUGGGCAUCACUUUAAUAGAAAUGGCUCAAGUGGAACCACCUCAUCACGAGUUAAAUCCUAUGCGCGUGCUGCUGAAAAUAGCAAAAUCUGACCCACCUACAUUGGCACAGCCUUCAAAAUGGUCUUCAGACUUUAAAGAUUUUCUAAGGAAAUGUUUGGAAAAGAAUGUAGAUGCCAGAUGGAAUACUGCUCAGCUUCUGCAGCAUCCAUUUGUUACUGUCACUUCUAAUAAACCAGUCAGAGAGUUGAUUGCAGAGGCAAAGGCUGAAGUAACAGAAGAAGUUGAAGAUGGUAAAGAUGAAGAUGAAGAGGAGGAAACAGAAAAUUCUCUGCAAUUACCAACAAACAAGCGUGCCUCCUCUGACCUUAGUAUUGCCAGCUCUGAAGAAGAUAAACUUUCACAGAAUGCCUCGAUUCUGGAAUCUGUUUCUGAGAAAACAGAAAAUAAUGCUGCUGAGGAGAAGAACAUCAAUGUAUUUCCAGAUGAUAAAACAACUGCUAAUGAACCCAAGACAAUUAAUGAUGUGUCUGAUACCACUCCUGGAGAUACUGUAAAGGUGCAGAAUGGGUCAGUAUUAACUGAGGAAGAUGAGCCAGAGAAAAGAUCAGGAGUUGAAAAGAAUACUGGAAAAACAGAAGUAGUAAAUGAAGACACUGGAUCACAGACAGAAAGAAAAGAAGUUGAUACAAUCACAACAUUAGAAACAAACGAUAAACAUAGUCUGAAAACAGAGGAAAGAAGUGCCAUAGAAAAUGAAGAGACAGAUGAAAAUAAACUGAAAAUAGCACCUGAAAUUGAAGAUGCCAGUAUUCAAACUACAGAAGUGAUAUCUAAAGAGACUGGGGAGAGAGAGGAGAAAGAAAGUGGAACAGAUAGCCAGGAAAAUAAGAAUGAAGGAACAACGAUAGAAAAAAGUACAGAGCAAAAGGAUGAUGGUAAAUCUGAAGAAGUUCAGAAAGAUGAGAUGACAGGCAGCACUAAUGAAACUCUGGUUAAAGGUGCAGAGAAAAUGGCUGACACAGAGCAGGAGCCAAUAAAAAAUGGAGCUGACAAUGCUCAAGAGACAGGCAGCACUAGUGAAAGACAAAUCAGUAAUGGAGAUAAAAUACCCGGGACAGUCCAGAAGCUAAUGGAAAGUAGAACUGAGCAUGUUCACGAGACAAGCAGCUCUGAAGAAACUCAGAUUAAAAGUGGAGAUAAAGAGACUGAUAUAAAUCAGAAAUUAGUUGAAAGUGAAAAUGAAGAUGUUCAUAAGACAAGCAGCAUAGAGGAAACUGAGGUCAAGGAUUCAGGAAAAGUGGGUGAUAUAGACCAGAAGCCAAUACAGAGCAAGACUGAGAAUAUUCAUGAGACAAAUAACACUGAAGAAAUUCAAAUUGAAAGUGUGGAUAAAGUGGUUGAGCCUGACCAAAAUUCAGAAACAAAUGAACCUGAGGAUACCCAGGAGAACAACAUUCAGAUAAAUGCAGAGCAUUCAGAAGUUCCGUGUGAUGCACCACUUAAGAACAAGCUUCAAGAUCCUGCAGUUGAACAACCUAAUGAUUCUGAACUCACUCUAAUACCCAUUAUUAGUGUUAGCACAGAAGAAAAUGAGGAAGAAGUUAAAAUGGGUAAUCAAGCCAGUGCUGAAACAUCACAGCAGCUAGAACCUGAGACACUAAAGGAAAAUGAUACAGAUUCAGGCACUGGUUCCACAGCUGAUAAUAGCAUUGAUUUGAACUUGUCCAUCUCUAGCUUCCUCACUAAAAACAAGGACACAGGAUCAAUAUCUUUACAAGAAACUAGAAGACACAAGAAAACAUUAAAGAAAACUCGCAAAUUUGUUGUUGACGGAGUAGAAGUGAGUGUGACAACUUCAAAAAUAGUUACUGAAAAUGAUUCAAAAAGUGAAGAAUUGAGAUUUCUUCGACGUCAAGAGCUGCGGGAGCUAAGACUUCUUCAAAAAGAAGAGCAGAGAGCUCAACAGCAGCUCAGUAAUAAACUCCUACAACAACGAGAACAGAUGUUCAGACGCUUUGAACAGGAAAUGACGAGUAAAAAGCGGCAGUAUGAUCAAGAGAUUGAAAAUCUAGAAAAGCAGCAAAAACAGACAAUAGAACGUUUGGAACAGGAACACACAAAUCGCUUACGAGAUGAAGCAAAACGCAUCAAAGCAGAGCAGGAGAAGGAAUUGUCCAAAUUCCAGAGCAUGUUGAAAAACAAAAAAAAAGAGGUUUUUAAUGAAGUGGAGAAAGCACCAAAAGAGCUGAGAAAAGAGCUCAUGAAACGCAAGAAAGAGGAGCUUGCACAAACCCAGCAUGCUCAGGAACAAGAAUUUGUGCAGAAGCAGCAACAAGAAUUGGAUUCAUCUCUAAAGAAAAUCAUCCAGCAGCAAAAAACAGAACUAGCCAAUAUUGAGCGAGACUGCCUGAAUAACAAGCAGCAGCUUAUGAGAGCUCGUGAAGCUGCAAUCUGGGAGCUAGAAGAGCGACAUUUACAGGAAAAACACCAGCUUCUCAAACAGCAACUCAAAGAUCAGUACUUCAUGCAGAGACACCAGCUUCUUAAGAGGCAUGAAAAAGAAACAGAACAGAUGCAACGAUAUAAUCAACGGCUUAUUGAGGAGUUAAAGAACAGGCAAACUCAGGAAAGAGCAAGACUGCCCAAAAUUCAGCGAAGUGAAGCAAAGACUCGAAUGGCUAUGUUUAAGAAAAGUUUAAGAAUUAACUCAUCAGGCACUCCAGAACAGGAUCGUGAGAAGAUUAAACAGUUUGCUACUCAAGAAGAAAAGAGGCAGAAAAAUGAGAGGUUGGCUCAGCAUCAAAAACAUGAAAAUCAAAUGCGGGACCUUCAGUUGCAGUGUGAAGCAAACAUCAGAGAACUGCACCAAUUACAGAAUGAAAAAUGCCAUCUACUGGUUGAACAUGAGACUCAGAAACUAAAAGAGUUAGAUGAAGAGCAUAGCCUAGAACUGAAGGAAUGGAGAGAGAAACUAAGACCAAGAAAAAAGACGCUGGAAGAGGAAUUUGCUAGGAAACUUCAAGAACAGGAAGUUUUCUUUAAAAUGACUGGAGAGUCUGAAUGCCUUAACCCUUCAACACAGAGCCGGAUUUCCAAAUUCUAUCCAAUCCCUAGCUUGCACUCCACUGGAUCGUAACUCUAGGAACUUCUGUCGAUUUUCCUAUUUGGAAUUCUCAUAUCUUCAGCUUCUGCCUUGGUAGAAUCUACAAAUUACAUCAGAGGUCCUCAAUGCUUUUAAGUUUCAGUGGAGACAAUUAACAGUGUCAUUGUCAAGAUUUUUCCUUUUUGUUUCUGACUGGGGAAAACUAAAUAGAAGAACAGACGUUAGUCUGUAAUGGUAAUACGAUGUCAUCCUUCAGAUGUUUCAAGAAGAAUUUUUUUUUUUUAUAAAUCAGUCUCAGAAAAUGUUAUCUACUAUGACAUUAAGAAAAUAAGAUUAAAAUAUUAGCUAGAAAGGUCACAAAAAAGAAACUGUUACACAAAUCAUCAUGUAAAUGAUGUAAUAUUAUUACUUUUUUUUAACUGUCUGAUUUCUCCACCAUAGAAUUUCACAACUGAAACUUCUGUAAAGAGGUUAAAAGUUUUGUAUCAUUGAGCAAAUCAUUCAUAACUAGGGCAGAAACUAUUUCUUCAAAACAUACUGUUGAAUUAUAAGAAAAAGAGUCUUAUGUUCAACAUAUUUAGUUACAGCAUAUGCCUUUAAAAGUUUUUUAAAAACCCUCUGGCAUCAUAACUAAAGCAACCAAACCUCCAUUACAUGUUUUGUCCAUUAAAAUCCAUGAUGAAAUGGGGUGCUAGUUUCAUUAAUCCAGUGCCUGAAACACUUAAAUAUAUUAAUCUUUGCAAUAGGAUAGACUUUUAUUGUUAUUAAAAAACCUUCUUAGCAUUGAUGUUACUGUAAAAAAAAAAUAUCUUGCUGCUACUGCCAUUUUUGUCAUAAGUCCUCACCCUAAAAUAUUUUGCACUAAAAUAUGUAAAGGUGAAAAACUGCUAACUUUAAAAUGCACAAGUUAUUAUUUUCCUUACACAUUAGAGGUGUUUACUUCUACAAACUGAAAUAAAAACUGUAGAAUGUAUUUUCAGAACAUAAUGUGCACUUUGCACAUUGUUUCUCUAACAUACUUGGACUGGGUAGGUGGAUCCUUCUGUUCUUACCAAAGUCUGUUCAUUUGAAACUCCAUCAGAGAAGUAGAAGUGGCUGGUCAUAUUUAUAAACUAAUUGCCGAAAUCUGAUCUGAAUAGAAGUGUUUUGAAAUUUUUGUUUUAGUCAAUUUAUUUCAUGGAAGGAUUUAAGUUGAAUAUGUAGACAAACUACUUUAAAAAUAUGCGUGUGUUUGGGUUGGGUUUUUUUUGCUGCACAGUAAUUAAUGUGUUAUGAUUUUAAUUUUUCAGUUUCAUAGGUGUACUGUAGGUUAUUUACUUGACUGAUUUGCAGUGGGAAGAAAAAUCUGAAAUGUUUAUCAUGUAGCUGGUGGGAAUGUAACUGUAUUAAAGAAAAACGCACUCGGAGGUUUAGAAUUUGAGUCAUAUCAACACAGUAUUAUAAACUGUACAUUGGUAUGCCAAAGUUAAAUUUGUAAAAUAGUGUUGGCUUUCUGUCAUUUGAGGUGUGAUCUUUUAGUGUCUUUGUAAAAGUUUUUAUUUUUGUUUAAUUUUGCUAGCUUGCAUCAGACAUCUGACUGGUGAACAUAUAAUGUUCAUUUCAUGGGAACAGUGUUGACGCAUGUGAAGGAACUGAUUAUAAAUUAAUGUAGAAUUUUAAUUGGGCUUGGUUGAAAUCUUGGAUGCUGAACUUUUAGCUUGUUAAUGCAGACAGUUUAAAUUGACAGCACGGUAAAUAUAAUUGAGAAAUGCAUGUUUUGAUUUAAAUUUUGUAACAUUUUUGAUAAGCAUAACUUACUCUGAAAAUUACUUUAUAGCUAGCCUUAAUUUCUGGCAUUUCAUUAUAUAAAUAUGUAUUGUGUACUGGUUGUAAAUUCACAUACCAUAUCAUACUAGAAUGUUAUAUGUUGCUAUAUGCAAAAUUCUUUAAUAUGUUUAUUCCAAAAUGCUACGGUGAAAAAUGUCUUUGAAGGCCUUUACUUUUUAAGCUACACCUUUAUAAAAUGACUAGUACUAAAUAUAUUAAAUAGUGUUUAUAUCGCUAUAGUCAACAGAACAUCUGUGUGAAAAACUGUUUUUUGCAAAAUAUAUUGUUAGUGAUUUAUUUUUUGUGAAGGGGUCAGGCAAAUUUCCCCCCUCUAAACUUUGUGUUCAACUCAUUCAAAAUGUUUAAUAACUUCACAGCCAGAAUAUGUAUUUUCUCUUCACACACUCUAAUAUUUUGGAGAUUUAAAUGAUCAUUUGCUAAUAUAUUUUAUGACACACUAUAUAUCUUGUUCUGCAUCUGUAGGACUUUUUAUUUGACUUCCACCACCUUCCUCACCAGCCUCUGUAACCUUAUCCCUUCAGAAAUCUCACAAAGGAUACAGGAAGGAAAUGUAACAGCUGAAGCCUCAUACAAUGUUCGUUCAGGAUUGGUUUUAGAAUAUUUCCAAUCAUACUGCAUUCAUUAAAUAACUGCAGUAUUUUGAAAUGUCUUGAUGAUGAAAUCUAAUGUAAAAUUACCAUUUGGUAAUAAAAUCUAGGGUAAAAUCGUUGUUUAUGUA